AUGAGGAUGAGCACUUCUUCCAUGGCCUUUCAAUUAGGAGCUUCUUCCUCUCGCUCAUUCUCUUCUUCUUCCAUUCCUAGGUGGACUCAGGAUGUAUUCUUGAGUUUUAUAGGUGAGGAUGUUCACCAAAACUUUAUUUCUCAUCUAUAUCAUGCUUUGCAUCAAAGGGGAAUCAACACUUACAUAGACAACAAUCUUGAAAGAGGAGUGGAAAUUUCGCCUGAACUUUUCAAAGCAAUUGAAGGAUCAAUGAUUUCUAUCGUUGUAUUCUCUAAAAACUAUUCAGAUUCCAAAUGGUGUUUAGAUGAGCUAUUGAAGAUCCUUGAGUGUAAGGAAAUGGUGAAACAAAUUGUUUUACCCCUAUUUUACGAUGUAGAUCCGUCGGAUGUACGACAUCAAAAAUGGAGUUUUGGAGAAGCAUUUGCUAGAGUUGAAUAUAAGUUCAAGGCUGAUAAAUUAAAGCUUACAAAGGGGAAGGCAGCUUUAGAAAAAGUAGCCAAUUUGUCCGGAUUUGAAUUAGGGGACAGGGAUGAAUUAGAGUUUAUUCAAGAUAUCAUUAAAUGGGUGGACUCAAAAAUGGUAGAUCGUACACCUCUUAAUGUUGCUAAGUGUCCAGUUAGAAUAGAGUCUCGUGUACGAGACAUUUAUGAACAGUUAAAUAUGGGAAGGAAUGAUAUUAUAUGCAUAGUAGGGAUAUUUGGAACUGGUGGAAUUGAAAAUGGUAUCAAAAGGCUUACAGAUAUGUGUCUCAUUACAAUUACUAUUCACAAUACAUUGUGGAUGCAUGACUUGCUACAAGAUAUGGGUAGAGAAAUUAUCCGAAAGGAAUCACGCAAUAAAUCAGGUGGACGUAGUAGAUUAUGGUUUUAUGAAGAUGCUCGCCAUGUACUAGAGGAAAAUGUAGGAACAAACAAUGUUGAGGGGAUAAAAGUGGUUUUGCUUGAGGGCGAUGAUCAUGACGUGAUAUGCUUGACUCCCAAAUCGUUUGCAAAGAUGAAAAGACUCAAAUUUUUUAUAAGCCGUGGUGCACGCUUUUCAGGAAGAUCACUUAAUUAUCUUUCUAAUGAAUUAAGAGUGCUUGAUUGGUCAAACUGUCAUUUAGAAUCUUUGCCAUCCAAUUUCCAUGGAGAGAAGCUCAUUGAUUUUCAACCGUAA